AUGCCUUCUCCUCUGGUGCUGGCCUUAGGCUUCGUGCUUGGAGCAUAUGCUUUCCUGUCCGCGCUGCUUCAUUUGACGCAAGACGCGAAAGAACCGCCCAUGAUCGAGACUUCCAUACCAUUCGUAAGCCCGCUACUGGGCCUCAUUCUGGGCAUGCAAAAGUUUGUGGUGGAGCUCAGAGACAAAUAUAAUCUCCCAAUAUAUACCCUACGCAUACUAGGACAGCGCUUCUACAUUGUCAACUCCCCAUCACUCAUCGGGCAACUACAGCGGUUGAACAAGGUCAUUGCGUUUGCGCCCGUCGAGGCCCAGGCAGCGGAGAUGGUCAUGGGGGUCGGUCCAGCGGGCAAUGCCAUCAUCGGUUCGGACAAAAUGUUCGAAAAUGAUUCUUACCUGUCAACCUUUGUCCCAUCGACUCAUCCAGCCCUGGCCCCUGGCCCCGGACUCGACGCUAUUAGUAGCGGUAUGGCUCGACACCUCUCAGAUGCUAUGGAAAAGCUUAGCAAGAGUAACCCAGUAACGGUUGAGUUGUUUUCUUGGGUCCGUGGAGAGAUAUUCAAAGCCAUCACGGACUCCACCUACGGGCCAAAGAACCCUUUUCGCGAUCCCGCGCUUGAGACAGCAUGGUUCACUUUUGAGCCCGACAUCUUGACUCAUAUGGUCAAAGCAUGGCCGAGUUUACUAGCCCGCAAAAGCUUCCAUGCGCGAGAACACGUUAUAAUCCCCGCUCUCGAGAAAUAUUUCGCUGAAAACGGUCAUCUCCGGGGCUCACGCCUUGUCCAGUGCCGCUAUGAGCAUAACACGAGUCAUGGCAUACAAGGCAGAGAUAUCGCAGCUACUGAGAUUGGUCAGAUGGUUGCGUCACUAACCAACAGCAUGGGGAGCGCGUUCUGGAUGGUUUACCAUGUCUUUUCCGACCCCAUUGUCCUCGAGGAGUGCCGAGCAGAGGCAGAACAGCUUGUGCAACUCGACGGGAAUGACGUCCAGACUAUUGACCUGGCUAAGAUCCGAUCUUCAUGCCCUGUUCUCUUCUCGACAUGGCAGGAGGUUCUGCGAUAUACGCACAUUGGUGUCGGGGCGAGAGUGGUAAUGGAGGAUACCAUUCUCGACAACAAGUACCUCCUCAAGAAAGGCGCCAAUGUCAUGGUCGUCGCUCCAGUCCAAAAUACCGACACUUCAGUAUGGGGUACGACGUCGGGUAGAUUUGACCACCGCCGAUUUGUAUGCGGUCCUGGUGAAAAGCGUAAAACGCCCUUCGCAUUCCGCCCCUUUGGCGGCGGGGCAGUCCUCUGUCCUGGGCGCCAUUUUGUCACCGCCGGGGUCUUGUCAUUUGUGAUUCUUCUGUUGCUCCGUUUUGAUCUGAAGCCCGCAAACAAGAAUGGUAGAUGGUUGGAGCUGCGAAAGAAGAUGUCCAUGACAACAGCUAUGCCAACACCAAAGGAUGAGAUGCGAGUGAAGCUUGUCCCUAGAGACAAACAAAGGGCGCAUCUGGACAUUUCAACAAACGCCAGGAGCGCGUUUUACUAG